AUGAAGGCAGCGCGGUAUUACGGUCCAGGGGACAUCAAAGUUGAGCAAAUAGCUGAGCCUGAAGCCAGAGCCGGGCAGGUCAAGGUCAAGAUUGCCUGGAAUGGAAUUUGCGGAAGCGACCUGCAUGCCUAUCUGGCUCAAAUAACCAAGUUCCCGACCUUAACCGAACCAAACGACCUAUCUGGAGAGACCCUUCCUAUUACGCUGGGCCACGAAUUCUCUGGAACGAUCGUUGGCAUCGGAGAUGGGGUGGAGGGCAAGUUCAAACUUGGCCAGAACGUCGUAAUCGAACCCGUCGUUUCAUGCCGCAAGCCAGAGUGCUACUCCUGCUCACAUGGAGCCACCAAUGUCUGCCCUUCUACCAAUUUCAUUGGAAUUGGAGGAUGGGGAGGAGGUCUUUCUGAGUAUAUUGCGGUGGAUGCAAACCUUGUGCACAUAUUGCCCGAAAAUGUUUCCCUUGAAAUAGGAGCGAUGAUAGAACCGCUCGCGGUGGCCUGGCACGCAAUGAAGCGAGGUAACUUUCAAGAUGGACAAAGUGCCUUGAUUCUUGGUGCUGGACCCAUCGGUCUGUUUCUCUUGACGAUCCUGCGCGCGUUCGGGCCCACAAGUACGAUUGUUGUCUCGGAGCCAGCACAGAUCCGACGCAAUCUCGCCUCAAAGCAUGGUGCAACCCUCGUGCUCGAUCCUUUGAACCCUAACAACCCAGUUGAUGCCGCCGUCUUGAAAGCCACCAACGGAGUCGGUGUCGAUGUCGCAUUUGAUGCAACGGGCGUUCAGGCUGCAGUUGACACCGCAUUGCUGAGUGUUCGCCCCCAUGGCACGUUCGUGAAUAUAGCCAUUUGGGAACAGAGGCCGAGCUUGGACAUGAAUUUGGUCGUGUUUCGCGAAAUAACGGUCACUGGCAGCGCUGUAUAUCGUGGCCACCACCCAGAGUUGUUGGAGGCAGUGGCGAGCGGGAAGCUCCACGGGUUGGAUGACCUCAUUACUCGAAAGAUUGCUCUCGAAAACGUGGUCGACCAGGGGUUCAAAGCUCUGAUUAAUGAGAAGGACAAGCAAAGCAUACACUACAUUCAAGAAGUUGACUACCGCUCUGGAGUCUUAACAGAUUGGGCUGUUCCUCUUAGAGACCUUGCAACCUCGAAGUAUGAAGCAACUCUCGCAUUCGACCCUUUGAACCCCGUUAAAUCAAUUGUCGCAGCUCUUAUGAAGGCCACCAAAGGAGUUGGCAUCGAUAUCGCGUUCGAUAUCCAAGCUGCGGUAGAUCCUGCCUUGAUGAACGUCCGCCCGCAUGAUACCAAUCUUCGAUAUGAAUUUGGUCGUCUUGUGCGAGAUUAUGGUUUCGGGCAGUGCUGUGUACUUACCAGUGACAGCGACCAUGUCGGGUUGUUGGAGGCAGUGGCCGCCGGAAAGCUCCAAGGCCUCGAAGAUGUAGUCGACAAAGGUAUCAAGGCCCUGAUCAAUAAGAAGGACAAGCAACUUGAAAUCAUGCAAUAUUAG